UUUAUCUUGUAGACUUCUUAUAUUUUGCGUGGAAAAUGGAAAAAGGUGUUUGCCACAAAGGCUUUUUACGCGGAUCUGAUUCGCUCGUCAAUAUUUCUGUCCACCAAUGCAUUCCUUUUCAUCUUUGAUGUUUGUCUUUUUAGGCGUGUCUUUGGUGGGUACCACUAUUCUUUUGGUAUGUUGACUGGCAUUCCAGCAUGUGCUAUUGCUCUACACAUUGAACGGCAGAAUCGCAGAGGUCUGCUUGCUCUCUACACAGCCAAUAUAGCUGUGGAAACCUGGUUUAAUAUGCUUGUAGCAAGAGGCUAUGCAAGACGGAUCAAGUAUGGUGAGGUUUUGUUAUUCAGUAUAACGUCUGCUGUGUGUAUGCUUCUUUUCAAGUCAAAGAACUUGCUCGCUCCUGAUAUUGAUUCGAUGCUUAAGAAAUUUGUGGGUAAUGAAGAAAGUGGAAACGCAGAGAAAGUCAACCGUUCGUCAGCAACUUCCAAAUCUGUUGAAGUCUACCUGCCAAAGUUCCUUCAAAAGUUUGUCAAAGUUAUAAUAGCCAAAUUAAAAGCCGAGCCCACCCAUAAACUAUGCAACCACACAAGUAGCUGCCUCUACAGCUGUGUAGCCAGCUUCUGUAGACAAUUUGGUAUAGGCUAUAUCAUCCAGAUGGUUUUCAACAUUUUGAAGUCUUUAACGAGACUAAAGCAGAAACCAAAGGGCCUCCUGAGGGCACUCUAUCGUAGGGACAACUUCCAUCUUGGUGCUUUUCUUGGCUUGUAUACCAGUAUUUUUAAGGCUCUAUGUUGUACGUUCAGAUGGUUUAGGAAAACUGAUCACCCUAUCCAUGGAUUAAUAGCAGGCUUUGUUGCUGGGCUUUCAAGUAGUUUCUACAGAAGUACAACUAUAACAUUAUAUUUCUUACUAAAGAUUUUGCAGAAUCUUUAUGAUAAUUGUGUUAAAUGUGGCUACCUACCCACAAUCCCACAUGGAAACACAAUAUUGUAUGCACUCUCAACUUCACUUGUCCUUCAUGCAACUGUAAUGGAACCUCAGAAUAUUCGACCUUCCUAUUGGAACUUUCUACUACGUCUUACUGGUAAUAGAUGUAGGGAAAUAAACCGUAAACUACUAGAUCAGAUGGGCACGCAGGCUUCUAAGCUGUAUCCCAAUGACUGGCCAGAUUAUGAUCCGAGAUUCACAUCUCUCCAACCUAGUGAUCUCAAGAUGACCCUUAAAUGACCUGUUACUCUAAAACAAUAUGAUUUACCUGCUAGAUGAUGAUGUCCACACUUAACUUGUGAUUGAGUGGGUUAAAUAUCCCCCAUAAAAUACCUUGUUAAAAAGGUAAUUGUGUUUAGAAAAGUUGUCUUAUAGUUAAGGACCAUAAAAUGAAAAUGCUGGAAUUAUUUUGUCUAGCGUAGGCAUUACAAAAACAGGUCUCCCUCUAAUUAAUUACCAUUUUCAUGGUUUUUUUUGCCUGAAGAUUAACAAUUGUCUUUUUUCUUUCUCAUUCUAGAGGUGGAAAAUUCUUUCUCCAUCUUGAUAUCAGCAGUCAAAAACAUUUUCAAUUUUUUUUGUAUUCAUCUCAACUCAUCUUAGACACCCUGUGUAGAAUUCUGUACUGAUAAAAAAA